AAUUAAAAAAAUAGAAAUUGAAAAAAAUUAAUGUGGUUGUAGGAAUGGAGCCGUCAAGGAGAGGGCAACCCUAAGAGCGUAAUAUUGGCUGGGAGCAUGGGAAGAUGCUCGGUGAACGGUACCAGUUUCAGUGCAAUUAUUGCCACAAGUGCUUCAAAGGAGGAGGAGUAACCAGAUUAAAGCAGCACUUAGCCGGUAAUUCUCGUGAGAUAUCUGCAUGCUCGGAGUGCCCACCGAGCACCCGUCAGCUGAUGAGAAAAAAUCUCGUUGAGAUCAAAGCAGCCAAGGAGAGGGCUGCCAAGCAGAAAGCGGAGGUGGAACGCCAAGCUGCAGAAGCACCUUCAUAUCACUUGAUGGAGUUACAGGAGGUCGAGGGUCCAGAUGAGGAGGAGGCACAGAUCCAGGCUGCCAUGCGGGCGAGUCUAGAUGAUCGGUGGCAGCAGGAGGUGGCGAGGCAUCGGGCUCGAUUUGGGCCCUCGUUUUCGAGUCGGGCGCCGGUUCUGAUGGAAGCAGACAAGAUCCAGAGUUUCAAAGGACAACUUCAGUCAGGGAGGGCGAGGGCAGAGGACGUAGCCGGAUUGCAUCUAUCCUGGGUGGUUUUGGUGGCCGAAAGAAGUCUUCCGGAGGGAUUCCACUAGGUGCGUCAAUCCAUGAUGUAGAUCCGCAUGCCUUCCCCAGGAGAGAUUCGAAGCAGCAAAGGGUAGACACAAUGUAGAAGAAGGAGAAGAAGAAAGAUAUGUGGCGAGCUAUUGGAUCCUGGUUCCACUUCAGCCACAUUCCAGCAAAUGCUGCAGACAAUACAUACUACAAGUCUGCCAUUUCUGCCAUACAGUCUGCCGGUCCCGGUGUCGAUCCUCCAGGCCCGAGGGACAUCUACGGUGAGCUUCUUGACAACAAUAAGGAGGAGCUAGAGAAUUGGAUUGGCUCAUAUAAGAGCAAGUGGCCUACAUAUGGGCUCACUCUGAUGUGUGAUGGUUGGAUCGGUCCGACAAAGCGGGCCAUCAUCAACUUUGUGACAUACUGUGAUACGAAGACUUUCUUCCACAAGUCAGUUGAUGCUUCGGAUAAGGUGCACAACGCCUCAUACAUCCUCAGACUUAUAGAGGAGGUGAUUGAUCAGAUUGGAGAGGAGAAUAUCGUGCAGGUCGUCACUGAUAACGGGCCGCAAUAUAAGUUGGCCGGGCAGGUCUUGAUGGAGCGGCGACCACAAAUUGUCUGGACCCCAUGUGCUGCACAUUGCAUCGACCUCAUUCUGAUGGAUAUUGGAAAGAUCUGUAGGGUGCAACAUACGGUGGAGAUAGCCCAACGCAUCACCAGGUAUAUUUAUAGCCAUACUUGGGUUCUUUCAUUAAUGAGAAAGUAUGCAGGGGGAGAAAUUCUUAGACCAGGAGUUACACGGUUUGCUACGAAUUACAUUGCACUUGAUAGCCUUAUCGAGAAAAAAGGAGCCCUACGUCAGAUGUUUGUUAAUCCCGAGUGGCAGGAAAGUAGAUAUGCCCAGGCCGGCGCUGAAGGAAGCAGGAUGGAAGACUUGGUAAGCAGGCAGUCAUUCUGGCAGCGGGCCAAUGCGAUAGUCAAGGCUAUCAAACCAUUAUAUGAAGUGCUGCGGGUCGUGGAUAGCGAGAGGUACCCCUAGAUGGGCUUUUUGUAUCACAUGAUGGAGAAUGUAAAGGUUCAGAUCAUGGAGGCAGAUGUAGCCCAUGCCCAGGAGUACAUCGACAUCAUUGAGCGGCGGUGGGGAGCCCAAAUGGGUAGAAAAUUGCAUCUAGCAGGUAAGCGAUAAUAUUGAUAAUUAUACUGAUUGAUAUAUUUGUAUAAUUAUACUAAGAUGGUGUCAUCUAUGUGCAGCAUACUAUCUGAUCUCUGGUUUCAGUAUGAGAGUGGAAUUGGUAGGGAUGAUGAACUUCUUCAUGCUCUGCGUAAUGUUAUUUAUAAGAUGGAGCCUGAUCCAGAAGUUGCCGCGUCAUGUAUAGAAGAGACCAAAUUAUUUAGAAAGGGCAGCCAUAGCUUUGGACAGCGACCAGCUGUCGUGAGCAAGACAACUAUGAAUCCAGGUACAAUACAAAUCCGCAAAACAUUUUUGCAUCUGAAUUAUCUUCAACUAUGAGGCCAUCAUAUAUGUAAAAUGUAAUUAUCUUCAAUAUUUUUACAGCUGAAUGGUGGAUUCAUUUUGGCGGAUUCGCAAAAAACUUAAGCGGAUAGCUAUCCGGAUCCUCUCCCAAAUGGUCUCCUCGAGUGGCUGUGAGCGCAACUAGUCCACCUUCGGCCUCAUCCACAACAAACAGAGGAACCGUUCGACACAAAAGCGCCUCAACGACCUAGUUUAUGUGCACUACAAUCUGCGGUUGAGGCUAAAAUGCAUUCAGGAGGAAGUGGAGCUCAAGUAUGCAGAUCCCAUCUAUAGGACUUUUACAGAUGAUGAUGAUAAUCCUAUGCUCGAUGGCUUGUGGCCCAGCAGCAGGAGCCCGAGCUUGAUGAGCCAGGAUCGCCUUGACGACCAGCCAGCAUCAUAGCUACCGAGGCUAUGGUCGAUCCACAGCAAUGGGCUGAGCGCAACAUUCCACGCACUCCUACAGCUGAUAUGACGUGGCUAGAGGGAAGCCAGUCACCGCAUGACUGGUACGACGCUCCCGUUCAGAAAGAUGAUCCUCUCAUGCGAGGACGAGGAUGCUCUACUACCCAGUCGAUUCGAUCAGGAGGGCGUCAAUCCCAGCAAACAAGAAAAGAAAAGAAAAGGGCCCCAAUGGAGAGUGUCGAGGAGACUUGGACCAACAACGAUGAAGGUUCUGGUGGAGAUGGAUCUACUAGCCAUGGAGGAAGUGGAGGAUAGUAUGGUACUACUUAUGAGACACAGCUGGAGGGAGGUUUUCGAUACACCUGUGAGUCUCAGUUUACACAUGCUACACAAGAUACGGACCACGGUAGGCCGUCUGAUAUAGGCCGGUCAGAUACCAUUGCAUAUCGAAGAAGAGCUCCUCGAGGUCGUUCAAGAGGCCAGGAUGCAGCUGCAGAUGACCUCCCAUGUGGAGUCGGAUCCAUUGAUGUAUCAAGUUCCGAGUCUUCCUAUUAUUCGCGGCCUCAGCCAGUCUAUGGAUAUGGUGCAUCGGAGUCAUCUUCCGGUGGCUACUACCCUGCGCAGCCUGGAGGGUCUUACGGGUCGGAUUUUGGUGCCGGCAUAUUCGGAUGGGCCCCUUAUCAAGACACCUCUUAGAGCCAGAGCUUCAGCGAGAGAUCCGAGAGUUCUUAUGACCCAACACGCAUUCCUCGAGGAUUGAGCAUACAAGACUACAAUGCCGCUUGGUUAGAGGGAUGGAUUGAUCUGCCUUCAUAUUAUGUUGAUGAUCCAGAUAUUGACGAGAAGCAUCGCCACUCGAUCCGAUUUUAGAUAUUCGAGAGUGCUUUAAAUGUAUGUAAUUGAUUGUAUCUUAAUUUGAAAAUAUUUUAUGUUCUUCAUCUCAUUAUUUGAAUCAUUUGGAAGUAAUAAGUUGCAUCAUCUAGUUUUAAUCUUAAACUUAAACAUAAAAACAUCCAAAAAAUAUCCAAAAAUGAAAGAACUACAAAAAAAAACGACGAUGGGGUCGAAACCAGGCCGAAUGUGCCCUAUUGGUUCGGUAUCUGUUCGGCUCGGUUCGGUUCGGCACUGGUACCGUACCGAUACCGAAGCCGACCAGUACGUCGGUACGAUCGGUACCACGAACCUUGGUUGAAACCAUGGGUUUAACAAUCUUCUCCUUUUUAAUGAUGACAAACAAUAUAUGUUGACAAACAAUGGAUGCAAACUUAUAUAUAUUAUUUUUUUUCAAAUAGCAUCUCUUGGUAUUAAUCAUAUAUCUUCUCCCCCUUUUAGCAUCAACAAAAAGAAAUAUCAAAUCUAAAAAAAUAUUGAUGUGAUAUCAAAGUAAAUCAAAUAAUUGUUCAUGAAUCAAUCUUAUUUGAUAACAUUUAUUCUCUUCCUAAAUAAUUGCAUUUUAGCACAUGAGAAGAGAACAACAUGAAUUCUAAUUCAUCAAGAUAUAGAGAGAUUGAUAAGAUUUAAAGUUAUGCACAAUAUCUCCCCCUAUCUAUAUGCAUAGCAUAGAAAAAUAUUUUUUAAAAAAUAUUAUUUUUCAAAAGGAUUAGACGUACCAAGUUCUUUUCUAAUAUAACAAAAUCUUUCUUCGUUAAGAGGUUUUGUAAAAAUAUCCGCCAAUUGGUAAUCAGUACUAAUAAAUUAUUUUCUUUUUAAACAUGAUCUCUUAUAAAUGAUGUCUAAUUUCAAUAUGUUUGGUUUUAGAAUGUUGAAUAGAAUUUUUAGUUAAAUUAAUUGCACUAGCAUUAUCACAUUUAAUAGAAAUAUGAGAGAAAUGAAAUUCAAAAUUUUCUAAUUGUUGUUUCAUCCAUAAAAUUUGAGUACAGUAACUACCGGCGGCAAUAUAUUCGGUUUUGGCCGUAGAUAAAGCUACCGAAUUUUGCUUUUUACUAAACCAAGUUACUAGAGAAUGUCCAAAAAAUUGACAAGAACCACUAGUAAUUUUUCGAUUAAUUUUACAACCCGCAAAAUCCGCAUCGGAGAAAUCAAUAAGAU